UUAUUUUAUCUACAGCUAACUGUAAAAUUCCCAAACUGGAAAAUGGCAGAGUAAUUUACAAUGAUUCAAAGAGUGGUGAAAGUGACCAGUUGAUUCCAAGAAAAGAAGUUUAUUCCAAAGAGUGCGUAACUGUAGAAUGCGAUUUUGGAUUUAAUGUUCAAGGUCCAUCCCUUUUACAUUGUCUUAGAGGAAAAUGGUCGGUUAAUAACUUUCCAAUCUGUAUUCCAUCACCUUGUGUACUGCCGUAUUCCGAUGUCAUAUUUUAUGAGGGAGGUUAUCGCGCUGGGUUAACAAUAGCCCAUGAGAGCGAGAUAAAAGCACACUGUAAAUCAAAGGUGAACAAAACUAUCCUGGUGACAUGCUUCCGAGGACAAACAUUGCCAAAUACAUUCAAUUGUUCAAAUCGAUCGAGGAAAUCGUCUGAUCAGUUUCAAAACAAAGAUAAAUUGAAUGGCAAUGUAAAUACAUCCCAAUCAUUAAUAGACAGUUUAAGCCUAACUAGCUUGAUCAAAAAUGAUAUCGUUUCCGAUGUUUCUAGAAAGGCAAGAUAUUGUGGACCUCCGAAUAAAGUAGAAGGAGCACUUGUUUAUAAAAAUAAUGAGACUCCGGAAGACGAUGAAGGAUAUCCAAAUGGUACGGAAAUAUACUUUAACUGCAUUGCUAGUGUAUCGAGUGAACGAAACACUUGGAAAAUUAUUUGUGAAAAUGGUAACUGGAUUGGACGUUCUUAUAGUUGUGCCAAUGGAACAUGCCUUUUUCACAACAAUGAGCGAAACGUUGUAAGUUUCUAUAACGAUUUAGAAAUAAGAGAAGAUAUAGUGGAGUUUCCACCAGGUGCCACAAUAAUAUCAAGAUGUGCUGAUAUCGGUAAAUAUGCGAUGGUUGGAAAUACGGAGAGGACCUGCAUACAUUCCGAAUGGACAACAAAUCAACCAACUUGUUUUGGAUUGAAUCAGGAAAACGAUUAUGCAAUGGAGAAGCCCCCAACUAUAUUAUUCCGCCAUCAAAAUGGACCAAUUGCACAGAGCAAUGAUGGAAAAUUGAUUAUUUAUCCAGGAACUACAUUACACAUGGAAUGCCUUUGGAUGCGAAGGUUUGGAAAUCCAAAAUGGAAUGUAAGCAACUCAUUUAGGACCUACCCUGAAGGAUGGGUCACAGAUGCGGAUGAAGGUCGAGAUUCUAGUUUAGAGUAUAGACUAAGCAUAAUAGAAGCAACAGAAGAAGAUUCUGGAAUUUUCACCUGCCAAACACCUGCUCGUCAUGAGCAUUCAAUUGAAGUAGUGGUCAAAAUAAUAACAUGUCCUAUUAUACCGGUUCGACGUGGAUUAAUCAUAAACAUUAAUGAUACUAAAAUGGGUUCAAAAGUUAAUUUAUCAUGUGCGAAUGGAAACUCAUUAAUUGGGGCCUCGGAAAUUAUUUGUCUUCCUAGUGGUAAUUGGAGCGCUCCUUUACCAGUUUGUGAGAGUAUUGAAUGCGGGGAUAUUAACAUGCAUAUAGAAAAUAAAAGCACUCCUCGUGUAGCAGUUUUAUCCAGAGAAGUUGGGGGAAGAGCUUCAUUUUCUUGCUCCUCGGGGUAUGGACUUAGAGGACCAAUUGAAUCAGUCUGCUUGCCAACGGGCGAAUGGGCUCUUCCAUUUCCUUCAUGCGUUGAAGUACAAUGUGAUGAUCCAGGUGCUCCAGAAAACGGUUAUGCCCAAGGUUCUGCUCCUUAUAGAGCAGGUGAUGUAGUGCAAUUGAAUUGCAAUCCAGAGUUCAUGAUGCAAGGGCAACCUAUCAUUGCCUGUCAAGACAGUGGAAGAUGGUCAGGCGGAUUACCGAAAUGUGUCCAGGCAUGUUCGUAUCCUGGAACUGUAAUAAGUGGACGCAUGUCUUCAGUUAAAUUCUAUUAUACGAUUGGAGAGAGUAUUACUUUUUCUUGUGACGUAGGGCUUGAGCUACGAGGUGCAACAAUGGUUAAAUGCUUAAAAAAUGGAAAAUGGUCUAAUGCAAUACCCACGUGUAUAAGUUUGGAGGCCAUUAAUAAAAGCAGAAUGAUUUUCAAGGACUAAAUAUUAUCACUUAAAAUUAAAGAAUUUUAAAGUAAAGAAAAAUUAAAUUUAACUUAACUUAAUCCUUAUUUAAAAACAACUUGUAAAAAAUAGAAAAAUCUUUGUAGAUCAAAAGUCAAAUAAUGGAUUUAAAAGAAUGUGAAGCAUGUGCUUCAAGACAAAACAUACAAACUUUAUGAAUUAAAAUUGCAGAUAAAACAUUUUAAAAUUAAAGUAAAUGUUAUUGCUAUAAGGUUUAUGUAAAUUUUCUUCUAAUAUUAAAAGAAGAUUUGAAGAUAAAAGCAGCAAUUUCACUAACUGAACUAUAUUUUCAAAACUGGUUCAUAGUUUGUAAUGCACAAUAUUGAAUCUUUUUCUUUAAUUUUGUAUAAAGUCAUCAAAGUAAUCUGUUUCUGUUAUAAAUUUCGGUGCCUCAUAACUCAAAUGUGUUCUUAUAGUCCUACAGAAGUUUAAUACAAAACUUUUUAAAAUGUUUUUGUUCUUAAUUGCUUAUAUUAAUUUUGGAUUCCCAAGUUUCGGUAUCUACUUUUUAUAAUUAGGACAAAGAGUAAUAGAUGGGAAUUAUUGCAAUGAAAAACUUCUUUAGAGGCAGAAAACUCUUUAUCGCUUAAACGUGGUGGAGUUAACCCCUUGUAACCCAACAUAGUAAAUUUUAAAAUUAAUAAUGUGAAUCGAAAGGGCUUUAGCUAUAAUAAAACACGUAUUUUUUUAAAAUUCAAUAAAUUCAUUAUUUGCUUAGUUAUUUCGAAAUUUACGCUGUAAAAAAACAGUUUAAAUAAUUUAUUUUUGUAUAUAAAUGCAAAAAUUCAAACAAAAAGCUAUCUUAUAUUUAUUUUUAGGUGCAUUCCUAAAAUCCAAAAAUAAAACCCGUUAGUUUAUGCACGAAAAAUAUUUUUUCUGAAUUUCGUAGUUUUUACAUAAAUUUGUUUGUUUUCCAAAAAAGCCAAACUUUCAUCAUUAACUGCCAAUUAAAAACUAUUGGUGCUAUUUAUUAGAAAUAUGGCGCAUUAUUUCGAUAAAGCAAUUCUUAAAGAUUAUGUAAGAAGCUUUAAAAGAAUAAAAAUAUGUUUUUCACAGCUUUUGGGCGAUCUUUUUCGGUUUGUUACAGAAAUGUCACAUGGGGCUACAAGGGGUUAAUGUCGCAUACGUUACGCAACAUAUAUAUCUAAUUUAUGGAAACUAUAUGUAUUUGUUAAAUUGCGACUUGUGGACGCUUCAUUACAUAGAAGGGAUAAUGUUCAGGUGAAGUAAAAAUUCUGAGAAACUAGAUGGCGCUCAACCGAUUUCCUUUUGACGUGAAUUUAGUUUCCUAUAAUAUAUUCCUUUAAAUUUCCCUCAUCGAACCCAUAUCCUCUUUUUACUAACUUUAUUUAGCUCACUUUCACUUUUAUAUAACCCAUCUUAAAAGUAAGACCUACAAAUAAACUCAAAACUCAACCCAAUUCUUAUACUCGUUUUUUUCUUCUUAACUUGAUUUUUUCUAUCCGAACCAUACCCAAACAUUGGUCCAUACGAGCCGGAUAAAAUACAAAAAAAAUUAGUGAAUUAAGGGGUAAUAACACCUUGUAAACAACGAAAUCGAGCGCCAUUUUCAUCAGCGUAUAAAACAAAGAAGAAAUAUUAUUUUCUUUUGGUGUUUGUUUAGUUUAAUUAAGUAGGUAUAUUUAUAUUAAUAGGUAACAGAAUAGGCUAAUGUUAAAUUUUGUAGUGAUGUGAAAUUUUUUAAAUGGCGGCGUAGUUCAGGAUGAUAGCAAAAUCCUGUGCUUCCAUCGGGCGACCAACUAGCUCCUACAGUUUUGAACCUAUCGGGCUGAAAUUUUUUGUGUAGCUUAAUAACACUAUUCCCUAGUACGUAGGAUUUUUUUGAAAUAUUAAAAUUUAACGAUUUUAUGGUCUUUUUUUCACCGAAUUUUGUUUUUGGAAUAAAAUAAUUUUUUCAAACUAAUGCCAUUUUUUUAAAAAUCCUACAUACUUCACAAGGGAAUUAUUAAGCUACACAAAAAAUUUCAGCCCGAUAGGUUCAAAACUGUAGGAGCUAAUACUUAAUUAAUCUAAGCAAACACCAAAAGAAAAUAAUAUUUCUUCUUUGUUUCAUACGCUGAUGAAAAUGACGCUCGAUUUCAUGGUUUACAAGGUGUUAUUACCCCUUAAUCAAGCUGAAGUUACUAUCACCCAAUAUCCAUCGAAAUUACCGUAAAAAAAACCCAAAGAUUAUCGAGAUAAAAUUGGAUUAGGUACAUCUCUACUCUACAUCCAACCAAUCCAAUCAACCCAUCGAAUCCUCAUCUCGUGAACCCUAGGACACAAACACACAUAAAAACAUCAAACUUGCUAUUCAUCCCAUCGCUCUCAAAAAUCACCAAAAACUUAACUCAUCCAUACAACUACAACGUACCCCAAGAAUCGUUUAAAAAUGAAACUCUCAUCCUCAUCACAUCAUUCAACACACAACAUACAAGAAAAAGUUCGAUCAUAAAAAACCACGAUUAAAUCUACCCAACGAAGAGAAAUUGCACCAAAUACAUAUUUUUUAUCACACAACGGCAUCAUUAUCAGCUCAAUCACUCUUAUCAGCUACAUAUCAGGUACGUACAUUUUAUGUAGAUGAGUGCAUUGUGUAAUAAAUUUGGUACAGUCUCUUUAAUCAUAGUAUUUCAUUAGUCGUCUUUUCAUCUCGCGCGCGAAAGUACAUUCCUGGCAAAGUGUACUUUCAAUUUCAUUUUUUAGUGAUUAUUUCCCAUAUAAAAUGCAAAAAUCUAUAAAAAAAAUUUAAAAAGUCCACUUAAAUUUUGUAUAAAGUAAGCGUUUUACCCUUUACUACUCGAAUUUUUCACGUGCUACAGUCCGUAGAAGAUAUAAACAAUGCCCUUAAUCUUAUUUAAUUGUUAAUUAAACAAGUGAUUAAUUGAUUAAAGUUAAAAUUAUUAGUAAAAAAAAAAAAACAACACAAAAAAUCUUUAAAUGAAUGAAAUUUCUAUAUACGUAAAAAUAUAUAAUUUUCCUCAACCCUCAAUUGUGAUCUCAAGACGCACUUGAAUUUAAAGCUACAUAAAAAAAAAAGUUCGAAAGUUCUCUCAUGUCGCUAUUCGAUUGAUUUCGCAUUAAAAAUAAAAUUUAAAAAAAAUCCCCAACGCAUCAAAGUUACAAAAAAGUUAAAAACAGGUGUAAAAUUAGUCCAGUCAUUUUAGAUUUGGUUGUAUGGAGGUCUGAGAAAUAAUUCGCAACUGCAAUUCGUACUCAAAAUAUGAAAGUACACUAGUACAGGAACUAAACCCCCCAUUUUCCGAACAAAUGUCUGGACGACUUUGGCCGCCAUUUUGUUUUGAACAGUUUUGCGACUAUCGCUUGUAGUUCGGCUAGUUUUGGUCUUAGAGAAAAAUGUUAUGAGACAAAGUUGUAGCAAAUUUUAUUUCCCACAAAAAAUGUUAAGUAAGUUUUUAUUCUAAAACCUACCAUUUAGGAGUUAUAAUGUAUUUCGUAAAAUGCUAUGCUCACUUAUUUUUUAUAUUCACCAUAACUUUUUUUUUCAAACUUUUAUUAAAAAAUUGUUGUUAUAAAAGUUAAAGAGCUACUAAUUAUCUAUGUUUGUCUCAUACUAAGUUUUUUUGUCCGAGUUGCCGUUUCCUCACUAAAACAAAAAUUCAAUAAAAAAAAAUUUGCAAAAACAGGGUGAUUCGAGUAAGUUGAGUUGAGACAAGAAAAAAAUCGUACUGGAGGGGGGGUCUAUUCCCCCCCAUUUAGCCAGAAGGGGAAAUUUUCUAAAAAUAAUGGCUUAAUUUGGAAACAAAAUUAUUAAAAAUCAACGGUAACACCUACAAUAACCUACAAUUUUUGAAAGCUCCUUGUCUGGUAAGGAUCGUCUGGUAAAGAAAAAAAAAUGAUUCAUAUUUUUCUGAGCAGACAAGAUAUCUGUAUGAUUAUAUUAUCUGUGCCUUAAGUUUUCUUAACCGCAGCUGUAGCUGCUGGUUUAAAAAAAAGCGUCCCGUUAGGAUUGUUGGUUGAGAUCCUUUUUCAUUUUCCUGUGUUGCUUUGAUUUCAACGUUAUAUUUCAAAUUGGGGAAAUAAAAAAUAACAAUUCAAGCGGUUUUCUACUAUCUUAGGUUUCUAUGGUUUUUCAUAUUGACGCACUCUAUUAUCGACGCACUCUAUUAUUA